AUGUCGUCGAUCGCACGACCGCCAGACCCAUGUCUGGUCGCGAUUAUCUUAAUCGUGCGCUCCCGCGCCGGCCCUCGCUUCGUGUUCCAUUAUCCCCCCAACCCCCUCAGUGAGAACGGCCUCCGCCCAGCACCCAAAGGCCGUCGCCCCUCACGCGCCAAAUCCGCCAAGAGCAACGACUCCAGUUCCAGUGAAGAGUCCGGGUCGACGUCCGACGAAGACGAGGAGGAGUCGCAUGCUCAGAGCCAGAAUGCCAGCUCGACACAUCUCGCCGGAAGCGCUUUGUCGGCUGGCCGACGGUGGAGUAAUUUUGGUCUCGAUGAUCAUGGUUCCAUGGCUGCUUCGCCUGGAGGGGACUCGCAGCGGGCUGGGUCCAUAGGGUCGAUUCGUGGGAUGCGGAAGCGUGCGGGCAAUUCGGACGUCGAGGAUGAUCCCGGGGCCGGGUCGGAUAGACAAGAGGAUGGGGCGGGGGGUUCAGGAGGGGGGCUCCGGCCACCGUGGGAGUCGCUGCUUGGUUUACAGGCUGACGUUUGGGAGAAGUUGCUGAGCCCGUCUCGGUCGUGGCAUAAGCGGCGGUUUGAGGUCGGAAUCAAUGACCUGGCGUUUGUGGGGUGGCCGGUCUUUGUUCGAGAGGAUGGGACUUGGAGGAAACAGCGAAGGAAGAAGAAGAAGACCAAACCGGAGUGGGAAGGAGGCGAACUUGGCCAUAAUGAAUCACCCGAGGAUUCGCGCGAUGAUGCCGAUGAGGCUAUCUCUGCCUCGACGGAAACCUUGAGCCCGCAUACAAUGACCGCAUCAGAUUCUCAACGGGCUUCGAUGGGAAGCAUCAAGAGUUCACGGACGCUAAGUGAGAUGCUGGAUGGUGACGAUAAGGAUUCGAUGACCAUGUUCAAUGUGGUGUUUGUAUUGGACCCGCCGCUGUUGGAAUACUCCAUGCGCAUCCGAGAGAUCUACGACAAUAUCAUCAAGAAGUUUGCGAAAGCACUGAAGUGGGAGCAGGCGCGAACGGACUACGUCUGGCGGGAGGCUCAGCAUAUUUCGCAUAUCAAGGAAAAAUCGAAAGAAACAAGAACGUCUGUCAAUUCGCUCUACUCCGAACUCAUCAACCAUUCCUCCCUAGCAAGGGCAAUAUACACAGUCUACAGUAACAUUUCGGCUUCCAAGAUCGCAUCCGUUUCGCUGAGCCCGGACGUAUCUAUUUCGCUUCAAAUCCCACCUCUUACCUCAACGCCUUAUCUCCCUGGGCCAAGCGACAAAGCGUACCCAGGUCUCUGGCUUACAACAGCAGAUAGCGUUACACCCGCUGAUGACCCGACCGCUGAUGAAAACACUGCUCCACAUCAAGUGCUAGCUAAACACUUUGCGUUACUGUUGCUUAGUGACGAGGCGACAAUCCUCAAGGACGUCGAAGCAUCAGGAGGUGCUCUAGCUCCCGCCCUUGCUCACUACAUCCGAUGUUCAAAGCCAACGAAAUCAUUUGCCCAAAUAUCUGCUUUGUCAGGGAUACCGCUUUCCACCAUACAGAUGUUGGCGAGCCAUCUCGUGUACUGGAGGCGAGCACGCGCCAUCCCGCCACUCCACCAGCGGGAUGUAUAUUUUGUCUCUCCGAACUGUGACCUCAGCAAACUAGAAGUAGCGACCGCCGCAUAUCAAUUGGCGUUUCCAACCCUUCCCAGUCUACCGAAGAUGCUGUCGGCGUUGAGUGGCACGCCUAGGCCCUACGGGAGCUUUAUUCCGAGUAAGGACCAUAAAGAGGCCUAUUUUGCGAUCCUAGCAUGGUUAUUACGGGGAGGAUGGGUGACUCAACUCCGAACGUUUGCGCGAGUCAAGGUGUCUCCAGAGAUUAAGAUGGCCGUGGAGAGGGCUCUUCGACGUGAGGAAGUGGAUAAAUACCUCAGCAAACGAGGAUCGUCCAUAGUCUCCGACAAUAGCAAAUACAAUGGCAAUGCAUCAGAGGAGGACGACGAUGAUGCUAGCUCGUCUUCAUCGUCCUCUCUCGCAAGCCAAGAUAGCGGCGAGGAAACGCCAAUGCCUGGCCGGUAUAAACCUGACAGCAAACUAGACCUCUCGCAUUCGCUCCUAGACCAUGACACCUCCCUGAAAACGGCAUCUUUGAUUCUGUUCCCCCAUCGCGCCCCGCCGCUAGAGUCUCGGUGGCUCGAUGAGAUCGUUUCACGAUUCCCUAAACAGCCCCGGUUCGCUCUGAGGGGACGAGCUAACAUCGACGAGAACGACCCGGAAUAUGCAGGGCUUCGAACUGCAAUGAAGGACUUGUGGCCGGUCUACAUUAAGUACUUCAACGGAAUGGAUGCCCUCGAGAAGGUUCCCGUGCGUGAGAACCUCAAGCGCAAACUGGUGUGGCAGGUCCUCACGCGCCUGGGACUGGUCACCAGCUCGCAGUCAUCCAUCGAAUUGAACACCAAUGAACAGGUGCUGGUCGGUGUGAGACAUUGGUAG